AUGGGAAGGGCGGAAAUGGCCCAAAAGAGCGGAUUGGUAUUGGGUGCAUGUGGUGCGCUUGGAGAAGCCGUAACAAAAUUACUACUGGAAAAAAAAUGGAAUGUAAUCGGAGUGGAUAUCGUCCCCAAAAAACUUCUAACAGAUUCUUACACACAUGUUGUUUUGGACAAUAUGGCCUCUGCCGAGGCCCAGCAGGGCGUGAUGCUCGAAGCUGUUGCUAAAAGUACACUUUUGGAUGCCGUCAUCAAUGUUGCCGGGGGCUGGGCAGCGGGUAGUGCAGCUGACAGUUCCGCUUCUUGUGCAAUGGAAUCUUUGAUUCGUCAGUCGUUGUUUUCUUCUAUGGCUGCUGCCCACUUGGUCUCCCAACGCGGUGGUAAAAACUGUUUUCAUUUAUUGCCAGGUGCAGCCGCAGCCCUUGGUCCAACCCCCGAAAUGUUGGGUUACGGGGUGGCGAAGGCUGGCGUGCAUCAAUUGACGAAGUCUCUUGCUGCCAGCAAUUCAAAGCUGCCGGAGGGGGCAUGCGUUGUGGCUCUUCUCCCCACAAUCCUUGACACCCCUGCAAACAGGAAGGCCAUGCCCAAUGCCGACAGGAGUUGUUGGACGCCCCUUGGUACUGUAGCGGAAUUUAUUGUGGAUUGGGCAAACGGCGUCAAUCGGCCGCCAAGCGGCUCGCUUGCUCUUGUAACUACAAAAGACGGGGGUACGAAGAUAACAUUUCAAUAUUGA